GCCAAACCGGCGCACACGCGCGCGCUCCCCGCGGAACUCCCGCCGGCCGCGCGGCGCUGUCCCAGAGGCGCGCCCGAGCCGCGGCGGCCGCAGCCAACAUGGCUGAGACCAGCGAAGAGGUGGCGGUCCUGGUGCAGCGGGUGGUAAAGGACAUCACCAACGCCUUCAGGAGGAACCCGCACAUAGAUGAAAUUGGCCUGAUCCCAUGUCCUGAAGCUAGGUAUAACCGGAGUCCCAUAGUCCUGGUUGAAAACAAACUUGGUGUGGAGAGCUGGUGUGUCAAGUUCCUUUUACCGUAUGUCCACAACAAGCUCAUUUUGUACAGAACAAGAAAGCAAUGGCUGAACAAAGAUGAGUUGCUAGAUGUCACACGCACCCUGCUGCUCUUAAACCCAGACUUCACCACUGCGUGGAACGUGAGAAAAGAGCUGAUCCUUUCUGGCACUUUAAAUCCAAUUAAGGAUUUACAUCUGGGAAAAUUGGCCUUAACUAAGUUUCCAAAGAGUCCAGAAACAUGGAUUCACAGACGAUGGGUGCUACAACAGCUCAUUCAGGAAACCUGCUUGCCUUCCUUUGUGACCAAAGGAAACUUGGGAUCAGUUCCUACAGAAAGGACACAGCGACUAAUACAAGAAGAGAUGGAGGUCUGUGGUGAAGCAGCAGGGAGAUACCCAAGCAACUAUAAUGCCUGGUCUCAUCGCAUCUGGGUUUUACAGCACCUGGCCAAGCUGGAUGUCAAGGUUCUUCUUGAUGAACUGUCUUCCACUAAACACUGGGCAUCCAUGCAUGUUUCAGACCACAGUGGAUUUCACUACCGCCAGUUUUUGCUAAAGUCUUUGAUUAACCAAACUGUGAAAGACAGUUCUGUAUUGGAACAAAACCCUUUGAAAAGUGAGCCAGCCCUCCUUCCAAAAGAUGAAGAAGCAGCAGCUUCAGCAGAGGAACCAAGGAUAAAGAUUCCCCAUCUUCUAGAAGAAGAAGUUGAAUUCAGCACUGAUCUUAUUGAUUCCUACCCAGGACAUGAAACCCUUUGGUGUCAUAGGCGGCAUGUUUUCUACCUUCAGCACCACUUAAGUGGUAGGUUUCCUCACAACGUGGCCCAGUUGUCACCUGCAGACAGCCCUGGGGGCACUUCUAGUGACUUGCACCACAACCCAGCAGGCCCUCACACGGCUCAGGCAAUGGAAGUGGAUGGAUUGAGUGACUCUAGCAAACAAGGUUAUUCCCAGGAAACAAAGCGCCUGAAGCGGACCCCAGCUCCAGAUUCCCUAGGCCUGGAAAUGGAACAUAGGUUCAUCGAUCAAGUGUUGUCCACCUGCCGGAACGUAGAGCAGGCCAGGUUUGCCAAUGCCUAUAGGAAAUGGCUGGAUACAUUGAGUCAAUGAAAGAGGUGGACUGUUCCUGCUCCCCUUUUAGUGCAAUAUUGCUUUCCUUUCUUAUUUACAUAGGUGCAUGAAUUGUUUGCUGUUGUUAGCUAACCAUAUAGUCUUCAUCUUUAGGUUAAAAGCCCUAAAAAAACACUUUCAUUGUAUUUAUUUUGUUAAGAACUGGCAUUCCUUUGGGGAUAAAAUAAUUGUGUAGUUUCUUCCUGCUAAACAGUGAGUCUUAAUUUUUUUCUUUGUAACUUCUCAUCCUUUACACUUCUACACUUCUGUAAUUUCAAAGGGAGCUGUUUCUAGGCUUCUCCCAAUUUGGUUCUCCUAGUUGGUUCACACACACCUCCACCCACCUCAGUUCAAUUGCUGGAUAGAUUAAUUUUUUAAAACUAGAAUUUAUGUUGUAGUUGAGCUUAAAAACAAUACAAAUGCAAAAUUACUCAGUCGGAUUGUUUUGAGAAUCAAAUGGCCAGAUGGAUGGGUAUGUGAAAAUAUAAACCAUUUCUUUCUCUUGCAUAUUCUAUUCAAGCUACAGACCAAGAUAACCAAAGGCAGAAGUAUUGAAAUUUAUAUAAAAAUAAUGCUUCCAAUGUAACCCAUUUUUUAAAUGGUUAUUUUAAAAUAAUAAUAAUGAUUUUAAGAGUUUAUGUAAUUGCAGUACUGGGAAAUUAUUUUUAUUACUAGUUUUGAUAGAUUGUUUUUACCUCAAAUUUGGUAUAUGCCAAAAACAUUCAAGUCAGCGCUUACAAAAAUCAAUUUUUUAAAGAAACCUGGAAUGCCAUUUUUAGUUAUUAGUACUUAUGUUCCUUCCAUUUUACCAUGAAAAAUGGGAGAAAUAUGCAUAGAAAUGUAUCCAUAAAAAUUUUCCUUUUUAAAAAAUUUAAGUUAUUGAGGAUACACUGGAUAAACUACAAAAUUUUUAUGAAGAGUUUACUGGCAAAAGCCAGGGAGACAGAAUAGUUUUGAAGGUUAGUUCUUUGAUCUUUAUUUAAAAAAAUAAAACAAUUUAAAAACUUUGCUACUAAACUUAUCAGGGAUGAGAUACCAAAGUAUCCACCUAUAGCUGUAUCUUUUCAAUCAUAAGGGCUGGUUUUUUUCAGGUUGGUGCGGCAGGGGUGGGGAAAGGUCCGGUAAUGUCUAUUUUCUAUUAUAUUUCCCCCUUCAUAAAUGGUCUGCAUUUCUUAUUUCUGCAUCUUUUUAAUUUUCCAAUCGGUUCCAUAUUUUUUGUCACUUUCACUUUUGUCUGUUUUUUUUUUAUCUGUCUUAUUUCAGGGACAUAUUCUGAAGACAUUCUCCUCCCUAUUUCUAAUGAAUUCCACACUUCAUUAUACAUACACGCACACACAAUGUGAAUGUGAACUCCUCUAAAAGUCCCCCGAUGAUGGAAACUGUCUUUUGCCCUGUGUCUAUAAAGUGAGUAAUAGUGGCAGAAACAAGUGUGACCACCAUGCUUUGCCUGUUCUCCUUUUUACUUGCUAGAUCACUUAACAGUGUGAAGAGACAGGCAGACCUCUCCUGUCUUAACAUUAUGGAAACCCUGGACUUGAAUGAGGCACAUUGCCAUAAGGGAAAAGAGGAAGUCCUUUACUUCUGAAUCAUGAUUUUGUUGAGUGGCAAAAUGUUGAGACUUAAGAACACCAGAAAAAUUGUCCAGCUUGCCUUCUGUAGACAGAAGCUGUUCUUAUCUCUUAAGGGCAAAAGUACCCUUUUGUGGCUUUUACAGUAUUUUAGUGAGAAAAUAAUUGCCAUUAUUGAUACAAUUCCGUGGCCCUUUUUGUACAAGGCAUAUUUCGAAUCAGAUAAAUACCUCAAGGUCCACCUAGACCUCUAUGGGUAUAACCAUUAGCUUUUGAUCUUCAGCACCUACUGGGGUUGGGGGGCAGUUACACAGAGAAGACAUGGGAUGUUCUUCCCAUCCCACUAACACAUGUUGCCAAAUUCUGGCCUCACUCAGUAUUAACCUUUUUUCCAAGCAUCAUUUUAAGUAUCCCAAGUGUUAGGGCUUCCUAUGCUUUUGAUGGUCGAGUGUUCAGGACAUGAGUAUAGACAAAACCCUGUGGAUCAUCGGCUCAACUUGAUAGUGCUCCACAUCUUUUUAUGCCUUCCACAGAGUAUCUUACUCAUCUUGUGAACCGUCUUGUCUGUUUUAAGGCUCCUAACCCAUCCCUUUCUGAAGCCAUGCAGUCCUUGAAUAUCUUGGUCUCUUGUCUUCCUAAUGAAGUUUUAAGUAGGGAGAGAAAAUACAAACAUCCAAAGGGUACUGUUUGUAUGUGACUUUUCUGUAAUACUUUAUUUCUAACAUUUUUAUUUUUUAAGUGUUCAUUCAUAGAAAACCUAGUAUUGCUCUAUAUGGCCAUACUUUUUUCCUAAAUAUUUUACACCUAAACUUACUAGCUAAAGCACGAUAACUGACUGAAUGAGCUUAUGGAGUGGAAAGGAUGUGUCUACAUUCAGGGACUUGUUAGUCUUCUCACUUUGUAUAGAUAUGUUGUUGUUAAAAGAAAAGAUGCUGUAGGCUGCACGCAUUUCAUCACACUUCCACUGGAAGAUGGUAGGCCGUAGUACCAUCCUGUGGAUCGUGAAUACCACUGACAUGCAGAAAAGCAGUAAGAUUGUCAGUAUCUUCCCCGCCGCCGCUGCCCCACCACCUUUUUUUUAGUGACUAUUUUGGUAAUAAUGGUAUUUCCAGAUUCUACUUUGCACAUUUGUGAAGAUUUGUUCAAUAUUAAAUUAACAAAUGAUUGGCUGAAGAGGGGAAAGAUUGAUCAUGAGUGAUGGAUUGAGUGAGCUAUGAUGGAGAAAUUGAUGGAUUAGAGCAGUGGAUUGUGAAUGAAUGAUGUGUUGUAGCCUCAUGAUACUUCAGUGGACCUGCUGCACAUAGAAUCAGCUAAUUGUUACAUGUAUGUAACUGCCUUGUUUAAGCUUGUUAAAUUCCACCUAAUAAGUACACCUCUGUAAUUAUCAAUUAACUGUAAUAUGUACAAAAAAUUCAUAGAACUAAGGAAGCCCACUGGCAUUAAGAACACUACUUUCUGUUCCGAUGUUGAAGAACAGAUCUUACCAACAUAGACAGAGCCACUUAGAGGCAUCUGAAGAACUUCUUUGAUUUUAAAGAUUUGAUCUGUACCUGUGGAUGGAUAGUUAGUUUGCACUUCUCCUUUUCCCCUCCCAAACUUGAACUGUGGACCUUGUAGAUAUCUCUUAAACCUGUGUUAGUCAUUUGUUUUAAACUUAAGGAUUUGAUACCUAUUAGCGUCCCCCUUUUUCUUUUCUAGGUUUUAGCAUUUUACUACCUUUUUGGAAACUUUGGUAGACUUUCAGUCAUAUUUCUUAUUCCUAUUAUACGGUUCUAGUUUAAAUCAAAGGCUUCAUUAUUAAUAAGAUUAAAUGUAUACACAUUAUCACUAAAGGCCACUUAAAUCUUCAGAUAAGGGCUUAUGUAACAAGAUGUAGAAACAAAAGUUCUUGGAUUUUUACGUGGCAUUUGGUAGGAAAGUGUAUAUGCUGGUAACUCUUGUAUCAUUUAGAAAUAUUCAGGUCAUAUCAAUUCAUGCUUGUUGAGACACACGUGUGUGUGUGUGUAACGAGAACUUUUAAUAUUGUUGAGAACAAAUUAUCAGUCUAGUGAUUAUAGUACAAGGUGGUAUCUGACACAAGGACUAAAUACAGUUUGGGAGUGCAGCUCCCAUUUGUACAAUAAUCUUUCUCAACUUUAGUUCCCUUGAAUUACAGAAGAUGCUGAAGAUUCAAUUAUCAAAGGAAGUAACAGGAUCUUUUUUGCAUAGAGCUUUUGUAAGCUUAUAGUUUUUUGUUACUAGAAAAUUCUGUUUUAAAACUUUUAAACAUUUAAAGUAUGCUAGAAAAUUUGAACAGCAUUGUAACAACUGAACCUUUUGUUCUUCUGAAUAAAUUUCUCAAAUAGAACUGUUGCAAAAGCUGGCACUUUGCUUGCUGCCGCCUCCCUGUGCUUGAGUGUACUCUGUAACGUGCUCAGUGCAGGAAAGCUUAGGCAAAUUCAGUGUGAUGAAGGCAGUAAGCCAGAAAAAUCAGCCCUGAGGAUUGUACUUAAUGUCACACAGUGUCUUUAAAAAAAAAAAAAACUAUACAUACUGUGUUAAUUUGAGUGCCUUUCUUACUUUUGGGGGGAGCAAGAUUAUAUUUAAGUCUAAUAUUUAGGUAGAAAACAGAGGACAGAAGUGUUAUCAAACAGUCGAUUGUGACUCAUUUAUUCCAAUUACCAGGCAUGGUUCCUGUGGAGUAUUCUAUCCUUUAAUGAGAUACUGAUACAAUACGAGCAGGUGGGAUGGUUUGGUUUGCAUUUCAUUAGUUAUGUUUAAGCACUCUACCGAGAACUGGUUCUUUUAGGGGGUCGGAGGCAUCACAGUUAAAGGAUGGCAUGUGAACAAUUAAGCAUCAGCCUGUGUUCAAAGGGAAACCGUGGCUCUCGGCCCUAAAAAAAAAUGUCAUACAGUUGUCCUGAAUGAAUCCUUUGCCUCACUUGAAGGACUUCUAAGAAUUCCCUCCCAAGCCCAGGCUACAUAAAAUAGUUGAAAAGGAAAACAAAUGGGACCUUUAUCCUUUCAGAUAUUGGAGGGAAAGAAGCAAAUACUGAGAUGAAAUUUUAAAUCUGGCAUUUCAUGUACUAGGGUAUGGAAGGGGGAAGGAUGGGAGUUCCAUAUUUCAACAUAGCAAGUAAUUUUUUAUUGUAAUUUCAUAAAAAUAGCUAAGGAUUCCAAAGUGCUUCUCAGAUGACUGUUGAAUAAUAUAUUCCAAUAAUAUAUGUCAUAUUCAUAGUUGAGACACAAACUGUUGUGUCACUUGUGGAUCUAUGGUGGGGGAGAGCCGUGGGCUCCCAGCUUUGACUUCUGUAUUCUCAGCAGGUCCUGUUAACACUGUAAAACCAAACUCUUUGCUUUAAAAACAAGAAGAGAGGGAAGAAGGGAGAGCAGUAGCUUAGUCUGCUCAAGAAACCUUGUGCUUCCAAGAAUAAAUAUUAUAUACAUAUACAUGUGUAUAUAUAAUAUUUAUUUAUGUGUAUAUAAAUAGUUUGUACUUUGGGGCAAUAAUAUGGUCUACAAAGCUAACCCUGGCAUUACUUUAAUUAGUCUUGUUAUUAUUCCUCAGGGUGUAGAAGACUUAGUCAAUUUAGGACAAAAUUUUAUAUUCAGUGGCAAAAAAAGGCAAAAAUAUACUAAAUAUAUUGCUAGUUCUUAAAAUUUUAGUGUAGAUAGUAUUUUUUAUAAACCACUACCAGCGCAGUAGCAUGGAGAUGCUUUGUGACUGCCUCGUUGCUCAUCCUGCUGCUUCAGUCCCCACGGCUUUGUCGUGAGUGUUCCCUUCCACGCAUCUUCAAUUUCCGUAUCGUCUUAUUUUUCAUACUUGGCAGAGGUGGGGGUGUUCCAGUUGACAUUCUCAGUUUUUGGAAAUCCCGUUGAGGAAAUGACUACUGUUUUCAAACUGACAAUGAUUUUGCUUCUUAAAACUUCAGUUUCCCUGAAGAGGGUGUUUUAUGUUCAGACCCUGUAUGUGUUCAGUGUAUUGCAUGAUGCUUCGUACCUUGUAGGAAUUCAACAGUUCAGAAUUGUUAAAGGUUAGAACAUUAAAACUAGCUUGUCUCUUUCUUCUUACCAUUGCCCAUAUUCUUAGUUUUAGGAGAAAUAAAGUGCAUGAGGUACAUAAUCAGGUACAAACAUUAAAGGCAAAGAUUGUAAGUGAAAUUUAGAUACUUUUAAAGCAUAUGUGUGUGUAUACAUCCAUAUGUUUAUACCUUAAAUGAGAUUUGGAACUUGAAUUUAUAGCGUGGUUUUACAAAUAAUUUUAUCUGAGGAAUUUUAUUUUCAUGUUUGCUUAAAGUGCUCCUACUUAAAGGAAUUUUUAUUAGAACAACCCCCUCAAGCAAAGUUAGAACCCUAACACAAGUGCCCAUAUGCCUGAAUUAAUCAGACAUUUGUGUGAACUAUAUUAAGUCUUUUGUUGUGCACAAAUCAGUGGCUUUUCUUCCAUAUCUUUAGGGAAGCAGCCUUAAGUUUUUAUGUAUGGCAGUCACUUUCCUCAAACUACUAUGCAGCAUUCUUCAGAUGUUUAUUUAUCUUUAUAAAGUUAUCAAUAAUAAAUCUGAGGUUUUUAAUGUCAUUUUUAAUGUCAUAGGGAUGAGCAAUAUUACGUGUCCAGAUGUUGACUCAUACAGCAUUGUAGUAAAAGUGCUCAUAUGCUAUCCUCCCUCACAGAUGUCAUCUUGCCUUUGGAACAGGUAUUUUUUUCAUGUUGGUUACAGAAUGAGAGUAGACUUCAGUACAGUCAUAGUAGGUGCUCAGUAAUAGUCAUUUAUUAACCUACCAUCAGAAUAACAGUGAGCUUUCAGAAAGGAGACUGUUAUCCUUCCCCGAGGAGUUUAUUUUUAGAGUAAUGUAUGUUGAAAAAUGAUAUCACUUGACAUGAAUUUUCAGGCUUAUUUAGGUGGGAGUUAGUAACAUGUAAUAAAAAUAUUAUUCAUGUAGAACAUGAUCUGAAGAUAGGAGAUGUGAAAAGUUUAGUGUCUUUUUGUGCAAGACACAUUAGUCGAUGCAACUAAGGGUCUCAGUAGGCUGCUGAACUCGGGAGAGAACUCCCGUCGUCUUCUGCGAUCGGUUUCUGUGUGGGUAUGUCCACUCUUACCUGGUAGGUUCUAUUUAUUUCCCCCUGAAUCUUGGUUGGUUUCCAAUGUCUUAAACGUUUUUAAAGAACAUCUUUAAGGGAAAUUUUUUUAAUGAAUGAUAUGGUAGAUUCGGAAUCUAUGAAUUUGUGGCCUUCAGAGCAUUUUUAGAAUGUUCUGAAGCUCCAGUGGAAAUUGGAAACAGAUUUUAAACAAUGAAACAUUCCAGCUGAGCUGUGAGAAAAGUGUGGAGUGCAAUUGUAAUCCAGUGUUGGCUCCUAAAGAGGCUCCCAAUGUGUGACUGUGAUGCUGGCUUCUGACUGAGGCGACACUGUCAGUGCUGUAUUUUGGUGUGUGUUGUUCCCAGAAUAAUGGAAUGUGCACUAGAUCAACUUGGUUUUGAGUUGGACAGAAUAAAAGUUGAGGUAUUAUAAGUAAGCCAAAUGUUUAUACACUCUUGUAAAAACUAAUUUA